GUCCAGAUGACGAUAGCCUAUAUUACUUAGGUACUCCUAUAAACAGUAUCUAGGUAUAACUGGUGCCACACUCUGGAGUCUGGAGUCUGCCCUGCAUGAUGCACUGAUGCCAAUGGCUCUCGUUGGCCAUCGCCAAGGUCUUUCUGCUUUGUGGAGUCCACUUUGCUGUCAAUGACCCGGCCCUCUCGAACCGGAACAAGCUAUGCUUGGUUCACAAUAGCAGCAGCAAGGACGAACCGCUGCACGCCACCAGAGAGCCAGAGCUAGCAAAAUUGCAACUUCAGCUCCCUCGCAAUCACAAGGCUCCUUUCGUGUUUCUCCCUGCACAAGGCAUCCUUUUUCAGCAGCUAGCUUUGUUGCAGCUGUUGGCGCGAUGGCGGCUUUCAGGCCCAACGUGGUGUUUGUGCUGGUUGCAUUGCUCGCACUGUAUGGGGCCCAGCCUGCCCAGGGGCAGUCUUCUGGUUUGUCGCUGUCAUGCCCUCCCGGGUAUCUGGUGCAAGCUGCGCGUAAUUCCCCGACGUACACUUGCACAACCGACCCCUGUUACAUUAACCCUUGUGGUUAUGGUAACACCUGCGGAAUCUUCCAAAAUGAUUUUGGAAGGAUUUCUGAUUGUACUACCUGUAAUCCUCCCUACAAACGGGGUACCGUGGUUAUCGGCUUCCCAUACAUAGAGCCCGUUGGGGUCUGCUACUUGCCUGGCUCAGACGCAUGCAACCCCAACCCUUGCCAGAACGGUGGCGUUUGCUCCUAUAGACUGGACCCCAAUACGAAUCAGCCUCUGACUGACGACCAAGGGACCAAGUAUGCUUUCCAGUGCGAUUGUGGCCCCACUGGGCGCACUGGGCCAGUCUGCUCUGAAACUUUCGAGGAGGCCCCAAGAGUGACUGCCACCCUCAACGGCGUGACGGGCCCGCUUGCGAUCCUCCUAACCGGGGUCUGCGGCUUGUAUGGUCGUGGUCUCUCGACGCCCGGCUGCCUUUACAAUAGCGGAAAGCAGUUCAUCUGCUGCACCGGGGUAUCCGGGUGCGGGCCCGUUGGCCCGGACGGAGUACCCGUCUGCCAGGCAGGGAGUUUUACGCCGAUCCCCAAUGACUGGCCGGUACAGCCUCUGCCGCCUACUCCGCCGAAUCCCACCGGCGAUCAGGGUGUCUGCGGGAGCGGCGCCGCCUUCGCGUACCGGACGCGGUGCUUCUUCAACAGCGACCCCCAGGGCCGCUACGUGUGCUGCGACAACUUCGGAUGCGACGGGUUCAACGCCGACAACCUGACGCCGCGCUGCAAAAACAAUGGCUUCGUGCCGCCCAACAACGGACUGCCCGGGCCGUCUCCCCCGAGCACUCCCCCGAGCACUCCCCCGAGCGGAAGCCAGGGCGUUUGCGGCGGCGGUGCGGCAUCUGACUUCCCCACGCGGUGCUACUUCAACAACGACCCCCAGGGCCGGUAUGUGUGCUGCGACGGGCAGGGCUGCGACGGAUUCAACGCCGACAACCUGACGCCGCGCUGCAAGAACAACGGCUACGUCCCGCCCAACAACGGGCUGGCUGGACCCUCCCCCCCGAGCACUCCCCCUAGCGGCUCCCAGGGCGUCUGCGGAACGGGUGGUGCCACAAAUUUCCCGCUGCGCUGCUGGUUCAACAACGACCCCCAGGGCCGCUACGUGUGCUGCGAUAACGACGGAUGCAACGGGUUCAACCCACCAGACAACUCGUUCCCCCGCUGCAAGACCAACGGCUAUGUGCCCCCCGGGUUCGGGAUUUAGUUGGUGAGGCUUAUAUAAAAGAGGCGUCUGAUUUCAAAGCUCACUAGUGGCAUCUGAGUCCUGAGGGGAAGUAUCAUCGGACGGAUCACAUUGUCUCGCAAGUUUUGAUUGGAGCGACCUACCGACACAAUCUACGCGGUAUGUGGUCGCUGAGGCGUUACGGGUCCUAGUAUACGCCCUCUUUGAACGCACACGCAGUACAGGAGUUUGUCGACCCUGUUGUGCUUGUACGUUCCAAUCAGGCAACUAUUUUCUACGAGGGCCCCCUAGCCAGCAACAGGCGGUUCUUUUCUGGUUCGAGUUAACUUUAACGUUUAGGAGUCAUCAGGUACUAGGUCGAGGCGUUCAAGCAGAGGAUCGAAGACUAACCUGACCCGAUUAUGGAUCCCUACGAGUCGUCGCUUAACAUUACGGCACGCUCUGACAAGUCGUCGUUCGCAGUAGUGUCAACCAAACACCCGGACAUGCACGGAUUCGCCUUUUGACACGCGUGAGGAGAGCUAGAUUCAUAAUUGUUUCAUGUAGUUUCUGGCCAAUUUAAGUUAGAAGAGGGAAAGGUGGCCACUUUUCACCGGCACGUGCAUACCGAGAGAACAAAUUUGACUCCUAUGUAGCCUAGGAGGGUGAAAGUCGUCCCCAAAAAGCUUAAGUUAGCCGUGAAAACGCCGUUCUGACAAUGGGCCAUACUGCCGGCCGCAAAAAGUUUCGUGCAACGGGCGCUCGGUAGCAUGCUACUUUCGAGUAUCAGAAGUCACUGUGUGCACUCUCAUGCUCAAGCAAGCCUGC